UUGGCCGCGUGACGGGGAAGGGAAGUGUGCACGCGCCAGCCCCGCACCCCCAGAAGCGCAUUAAGAAACCAAAUAACAAGCGGGGCGUUUGGGGAUAUUAAGCGGCUGUGAGUACGAAGAUCAGCUUUAAUACACCCACAGGGAAAAGGGCGCAUUCGACCGGCGUUAGCAUCUGGUAGCUGCCCGGCUACACCCACAACAGACAUGGGGACGAGAUCGAGCCGUUUACAGGAAGAAGCGGUCGCCUCGGCUUUGGAGAAGGACGGGAUCAAGCGAGACUCCUGCCGGCGGCUGAGAGCGAAAAGGCCCACCAGUCUGGUGGUGGAUUUCUCGGGCAGUUUCGACCAGGAUUCGGAAAUUAACCGCAGCCGAUCGGAGGAAGGCAGCGAUUCUGACCAGGGACAGCCGGUAAGGGCGGACGGAAGCCCCGGCGACCUAAGCAGUCCGAGCCGCCCGGACCAGACUGCGCCGCUGGGCGAGAGCAGCGAUAGCGGCAAGCCGGCGGAGGACAGCGGCUCUGGAAACGGGAGGGACGGCAGCAGCGACCGGUUAGCCGCGGAGGAGACGAGCCGCGUCCCUCAUCGCACUUUUUCUGAGCGUCUCCCCUCCGGCCGACACACUUCCGGCUCGCGCAGCGGAUCCGCGAGAGCCGCACGCGCCCGCAGUGCCGUCGCGCGGCCGGUGUCGGAGGCGUGGAUCGGCGUGUCGUACCGGGUCAGCAGCCGCCACGCCACUGUGCGCUGUCCCUUCUGCUUCAGGCCUUUCCCAGGAGGCAGGAUUGAGGAGCACCUCCUGAGCUGCCUCACCUCCCCCCCGCUGCCCUACAAUGUGGACACUCUGACUAAAGACAGCGGGGAGUGUAGCAUCUGCCUGGAGGAUCUUCUGCAAGGAGAGACUAUCGCUCGUCUGGCCUGCCUCUGCAUCUAUCACAAGAGCUGCAUUGAGUCCUGGUGCAAAGUGAAGGCCUGCUGUCCUGAGCACCCCUUUGAAUGAAACUUCUACAGGAGGACAUUCCAGAGGAUCAUGGUGGAAAGAGAAAGGAGAAUAAGCUUCAGUUGUGUAGUGCCUCCUCUUGGGCGGGGGCAGCCGAGCAUGCAGGUGUGAACCUUUGGCAGGGAGAGGGAGGUCACCUUCACGUCUCUCCUGCCAGCACUGCAGUCAGUUUUUCACAGACAGACUGAACUAUGCCUUGUGUUUUUAUCUCAGCUGUUUCCUUCAUUUUGUUGGUAUUUCCUGUAGAAGGGGGUGUUUUGGGGAGGUGGGUGGUUGUUGCUGUGUGUUCGGUGUUUGAGUCUUGUCUCUGGCCCUGGUCUGUUGUCUGACUGUUUCAUACGAAGGGUGUGUCUCCAUUUUAAAAGCUGCUCCAGGUGCAGAGGAAAAAAGUGUUUCUGUAAACCCUCUUGGAUCUAGCGCUCCAGACGUCUACAGUGACAAGGGCUGGGUUUGGGCAAGAGGUGUGUGUGUGUGUGUGUGUGUGUGUGUGUGU